AUGCUGCUGGGCGAUCACAGACGUGUAGAUAGCUUUGCCAGAGCGCUGAGGUCGUGCAAUGCGCCGGGGGAUCUUCUCAAAGGCAGGCAAAUUCACGCAGAGAUUGUGCGCAGCCACUUCUCCCAGAACAGAUUUCUCCAGAAUCUUGUUGUGGAGAUGUAUGGGAAGUGUCGGAGCGUGGAGGAGGCCUGGCGGGCGUUUGAGACCAUCGAGCACCGCAACAUGUUUUCGUGGAGCAUGAUAAUCAUGUCAUAUGCCCAGAAUGGGUAUCUGCUUCAAGCACAAGAAGUGUUUGAUUCCUUGGUCGAGAAAGAUACCGUGGUUUACAAUACCAUGCUAAAGGCAUAUGCCGAAAACGAUGAUUUUUCAGAAGCCAGAGUUUUGUUCGAUGAGAUUCCUGAUAAAGAUGCGGUAUCAUGGAAUACUAUGCUUUCAGCAUAUGCCAAAAUCGGGCAUCUUGAUCUUGUGGAAAACAUUUUCAAAGACAUGCCAGUUAGAACCGUUGCCUCGUGGAACACCUUGAUCGUUGCGUACAAAGGUGCUUGUCUUGAGAGAAGCUCUCUUGGAGCUUUUGUUUCCAUGGAUCAUGAAGGCUUUCAGCCCAACAAGAUCACUUUCGUUGGAGUGAUCGACGCUUGUGCCCAGGGAAAGAUCCUCGACUUUGGAAGGUUGGCACACGAAGAGGUAUGUUUUGCUGGACUGGAGUUUGAUGUUCCCAUCGGCACUGCUCUGAUAAAAAUGUAUGGAAAGUGUGGGAACAUAAACCAAGCCAUGGCUUUGUUCCGCAAAAUGCCGCUCAAGAACACGAUCACUUGGAACACAGCGAUAACAAUCCAUGCGGAGGACGGGAACCUCGACGAAGCGUACAAGAUCCUGCGAGAGAUGCCACGGCCAAGUGUGGUCUCCUGGAAUGCACUGCUCGCGGGGUAUGCCUCUCAGAUCGAUCAAAGCGGCGACCCCCUUUCCCAAGCUCGAGAGAUUCUGGAAAAGAUGGCGGAGCGAGACGUGGUUUCCUGGACGACGAUGAUCUCCUUGUAUUCUCGGAAUGGCCUGAGCAAGGAAGCGAUGAGUUGCUUCAAGAGAAUGGAUCUAGAAGGCAUCAAACCCGAUAGAAUCGCGCUGGUGGCCAUCGCCGAGGCAUGCACGACCCUCGCAGACGCUAAACACGUCCACGAGAUCGCCAGCCAUGAAGCCACUGUGGAAUCCGACGUAGAACUCGCCGCAGCGUUCGUCAACCUGUAUGGAAAGCUCGAGAGCCUCCACGGCGCGAGCAGAGUCUUCGAUCGAGCUCGGGGCUUCUGCAAGCCGUGGAGCAGCAUCGAGACACACCUGUGGAACUCCAUGCUCGCGGCGCUCGUCCAAAGCAAGGCCGCCAGAGAUGCCAUCGUGUUCUUCCGCGGGAUGCUCCUGGAAGGGGUUCGAUCCAACGAGACCACUCUCGUCACCGUCUUCGAAGCCUGCAAGGCCUCCUCCUCCGCCUCCUCGGCGCUGCCACUGCUCCGGUGCUUGCAGGAGAGCGUCGUGAGACGAGCUUCUUUCGCAGCGAGCACCGUGGUCGAGACCGCUCUCCUCGGUUGCUAUGGAAAGCUGGGAGCUCUAGCGGACGCCAUCGCCACCUUCGAUGAUCUUCUCUCCAGCUCGCAAAACGUUGUCUCCUGGACGGUGAUGAUCUCGGUGUGUGGCGAGCUCGGGCAUCCCAGGCAAGCGCUCGAGCUCUCGCGGAGGAUGCACCUCCACGGCAUUCUCCCCGACGACACGGCAGUGACGACGCUCCUCUCGGCGUGUAGCCACUCGGGCCUCCUGGACGAGAGCUUCCGGCUGUUUGGAUCGAUGAGGCCCGACUUUGGCGUUGACCCGCGGAUCGAGCACUACGUCUGCGUGAUCGAUCUGCUGGGACGAACUGGACAGCUGCUCGAGGCUGAGGUCCUGAUGAGCAGCGAUCACUUUGCUCGGCUCGGCCUCGAGGCGAACGAGUGUGCGUGGACGGCCUUCCUUGGAGCUUGCCGAGAUUUUGGAGACGUUUCUCGAGGUGCCACUGCUGCCAAGGAAGCAUUUGUCUCGGAUCCGGAGAACUCUGGCCCCUACAUGCUACUCUCGGACGUGUGCGUAAACUCUGGGUGA